CGCGAAGUAAACUGUCACAGUCCCUCGUCGAAGAAUUGUUAAAAAGAAUCCGUAUCCUCGACGUUCGACAGUCGCGCCGCGUUUCAAAUGAAUCAGGGGAGAUUUGGGGCAGGUUUGGCUCUUGCGCUGACACGGUGGCAUUAUACCAAAAUCAACGAGGACCACAUUUUCAACACUGGGCGACGGCUGGAUUCAAGUUUCGUAUCGUAAUUUCAGUGGGCUAAUCUACACACAUUUGUCUGGAGAAGAGGAGGAAAGGACCGUGUCUAGGGCCUUUUCCUCGUUUUAUUUAUUUAUUUCCUCACAAACUGCAGUCUUGCUAUCAAAACAUUGAUGGUCGAUCAUUUCCCUCUGUGUAAGGGAGCAGAAGGAAAAUAACUAAAUUAAGAUACAACCCUGGUGUACCGUAAAAAUGGCUCGCCCACGGCCUCGGGAGUACAAAGCUGGAGAUUUGGUUUUUGCAAAAAUGAAGGGAUACCCACACUGGCCAGCGAGGAUUGAUGAACUUCCAGAAGGAGCGGUAAAACCGCCUGCAAAUAAAUACCCCAUCUUCUUCUUCGGAACCCAUGAAACUGCAUUCCUUGGUCCAAAAGAUCUUCUGCCCUACAAGGAGUACAAGGACAAAUUUGGCAAGUCCAACAAGAGGAAAGGCUUCAAUGAGGGUCUGUGGGAGAUUGAGAAUAACCCUGGUGUCAAGUUCACCGGCUAUCAGGCCAUCCAGCAGCAGAGCUCGUCGGAGACGGAGGGCGAUGGCGGUAACGUUGCUGACGGCAGCAGCGAUGGGGAGGGCGAGGGCGAGGGGGGCGAGGGGGAGGACUCCAUAGAGGAUGACGCCAAGGGAGACAAAGUGGGCUCCAAGCGGAAAAAGACCGCCUCCUCCAAGAAGUCGUCUAAGCUGUCGAGGAAGUCGCCUGGCGAGGAAGAGCUGGAUAAGGACGGGAAAGAGCAGGACCACAAGAGCGGCUCUGAGGCUGGAGACCCCGACAACGACAUCCAGAACACCUCAGACACCAAGUCGUCCAGUCAAGGGAACCAGUUGCUGAGAGAGGAACACUAAAAGGUCCCCGGAGGAGGUCUCCAUCAGGGAAGGUCUCUCAUCGUGGUUGUUUUGUGAUAAUAAUGGAGUUGUGAAAUUCUCAUUCUCGAUCUUCAACACCAGGAAACACCCCACAUCACCGCCCCUCCCUCCCUCCAAUAACAUCAGCUAGUAUGGAGAUCACAUUUUAAGUGAUUGAUGACAUUUAUUAUACCAUCUUCCUGUACCAUAUCACAUCACGGGAUGACAACUUCAUUCCAAUUAGGGUAAUACAACAUCAACAAUUAGUCAGCCUUUACACCCAUUCAACCUUGAUACACAUCAACAGUAACCCUUCCUUCUUUUUUAAGCGAUAACGAGAGGUAACAGUAGUCAGACAUCGAUAUUAGCACUGUUUCAUAGCUACAGCUCUUUUAGUUCAAUGCACCAAUUUAGCAUAUUAACAGAUUCCUUUUUUACUAUCAAGUUUGCAAAAUACGUAUUGAUAGCUGCUCUCUCCCCCUCUGUCAUACUUUUUCUUCUUCCUCUUCCUCUUCCUCUUCUUCUUCUUCUUCUUCUUCUUCUUCUCCUCCUCUCUCUCUCUCUCUCUCUCUCUCUCUCUCUCUCUCUCUGCUUCUCACAAAUGGCCAUUCAGUGUGUUGUUCAUAGUUGUACAUGUCGUAGCUUAAGAUCAUUUUCUUAAACCAACAGGGAAAGACUGAUGGACUACCUUCUAAAAUAUUUGUCUGUUAAAAAAAGCAUUAUCCAUAUCGCUAUAUGUUACUCUUUUAUGUAACCGAAAAAAAAAUGAAUGGAAAAAAGUAGAAUAAAUGUAUGAAGUAUUGUGCACAAAACUGGGUUACACAUUGUAACUCACUAUUAUCUCUAUAUAUUUUAUUUUGCUGUAGAGACUAGGACCACUAUCCAACCGAAAUGCUCUCUCUAGGUAACUGCUCAUCCUUUUUUUAUGGCUAAGUGAUUUUUUUUGUUUCUUGUGUGUCCGUGGAAUGGAUUAUGUUGUCAGCUUUUAGUGGCAUGCUCAACUGUCGUAAACAUCAUAAAGAUGGAGAUAGUCUUGGUUUGUUUCGGUUCUUUGAAGGUUUCCAAUUACUUGCAGUUUUUACAUUUGCACUUACUAGGAAUGGCAUAUUAUUUAAAAAAAACGUCCAUACCCCAUCAUCAGUGAGAACACCUCUCUCUCUCUACCAUAUUGUGUCUAGGCUUUGUACUUAUAACAUUGACCGAACAUUUCAUUCAGCAGAUAGCUUAUGUCCAACACACUUAACAGAUCAGCAAAAGGUAUACAUUUCAUCCAGACCCCGUGCUCCUUGAGAAUUGAACCUCUGUCCUUGCAUUUCCACUGUCAUGAUCUGCCAGUUAAAUUUACAGGAGCACUUAACUAUAUGUUUCAACGUUGGCACUGGGUAAUCCUUAAUCUUGUUUAUUGACUGGUUGUUUAUUUUGUUCUCUUUUUAAAAUGACCAUAAUGCCCAUUUAAAAGGUUGCCUGUUUUUGCCUCCCUCUUUGUUUUAUAUAAAAGAAUAUAUUCUAUUUAUUUUUUUGAUGAGUAAACUGAAGAAAUCUGUGGUAAAUGUAGUCCCAUUUUUUUGUUUAUUCCGUCAUAUUUUGACCUUUGUUAUGCUUGUAAUUGGAACAAGUUUUACAUUUUCAAUAUUUGUAGUUCAAUGUAAACCGUUUUUUGCUGUUUAUUGACAAGAAUUUUACAGAAUAAACUCAUUGGAAUGCA